AAAAAAGACUAAUUAUGAAUAAACAACAAUCAAAAUUUAAUUUUCCACAGUCUGAUCAUCAUAUAAAUCGACUCUUCAGCAAUCUUAAUCUUCGUCAUCAAGGACCUCAAAGAUUGGACAAAGAAGUACAAUUUAUACCUCCAUGGGAGACUAAAAUUGGACAGCUUCAACAAGUUGUACGCUCCCUUCGUCAAAAUGCGGAUACUUAUCUUCAGAAUCGUGGCUCAGUAAUUGUUCGCUGUUAUCCAUUCAAGAGUCAAUAUUAUAUGAAUAUUGUUUAUGAUCUUAUACGAAAUUCAAUUGCUGCUGUCAACCACUAUGGACGCACUCGUUUUGAUGGAGAAAUAACGCCUAUACUCAUUCAAUCAUAUAAUGGAAAUGUCAAUCCAAUCGUUUGUACUCCUAUGCCAUUUGGCGCGCCAAUUUAUAUACCGCCCGAACGUUUGACGGAUGUUGUACUUUUGCGUGUUCAUUUUAAUUUUCCUGAGGCGGCUCUAUAUUUUUUACAAACGUUUAAUCGCACUGUUUUUAAUGUAUUUGAUCGCCAUGCUGUAAAAGUUCCUUUUGUUCACGCUGAUUUGACUCGUCCUGAACGUUUACUUCGCAAUCGUUUGCAACAAAUUUGUCAACAAAAGAAUGCUGGACGUUUUAGCUCUGCGCCUCCUAUGCCAGGACAAAAUGAUAAUUAUAGCUAUGGAUAUUAUCGCAAUUUGUGUCAAAGCGGAGAACGUUAUUUCCACAAUGGAAUACAACUUUAUAAGGAAUAUCCAGGUAGACAAACUGAAUCUGUACCUUUUCAACCAUUUUCUGAAUUGCAGUAUUUACAUGUUAUAGUUGCUUCGCUUCGUAAAUUUGCGGUGAUAUACAACCAAAAGGAAUGUUCAGUAAUUAUCCAAAAUGUUGAUCUCGAUAAUGGAAGUGAUAACGAUGUUGAACGAAUUACUACAUUGGUUUAUAAUGUAGUCAAUACACAAUUGUUUAAAGAGCGUUUUCGUGAUCUUCAGAAGCUUCAUAAAGGAAUAUGUUCACCCCAAACAAAUUCCAAUUCUUAUUUGCCUAUUAAAAUUGAACGUGUUGAACGUCUUCCACAACCAAAUUUGAAUAAUAAAAAUGGAGGAAAAGAAGGAGGAACGGCAACAAAUGUGGAUAAUUCAACAAUUAAGAAAAAAGGACGUCCACCACUUAUUCGUACAUCUUUUCGAAAUAAAGAAGCGGCACAAGCAUUUUGUCAACUUUUUAAGGAGUGUCAAAAAUUAGCAGAACAAAAAGAAUAUGAUGAUACUCAUGAUGAUGGCGAAAAUUCUUCUGAUUUUAAUUCAUAUUCUGAUUUAUCUGAAUCUGAAAUAUUUAUUGGAAAAGGAGGAGAAGGAGAACAAAACAAGGACAAAACUUUAUCAUCAAAGAAAGGACAUAAACACAGCAAAAAUAGUCGCAAAAAUUCAAAAAUUUGUUUGUUUCCAAAUGCUUUUGCCCAUAGAGAUUUGACACCUCCAGAACUUGCUUUGGGUUAUUCACUUCGAAUUUUUUGUCGAGAAAAGAAUGGACCUUUUUCUUCUUAUGAAUAUAAUAAAGGAAUUUCUAUUAUUACUGAUGAAGGUGAACUUGUUGAACAACAGCAAAGGAAGCAACAUAUUCGUUAUUAUGUUCGUGGUGGUCGUAUAUUUGAACGUUCAAAUAAUAAUAAUACUCCUUCUGUUCAUCAAACAAAGACUUAA